ACUCCCUUACCCAAACGACUUUUCUUCUUCUCAACAAGAAACAAAAUCCUCGAAACCUUCACUCACACUUUCUUCACCACAAUAAUAAUAUUCUCCAAACCACAACCGCCAUGGAUGACGACAGCGAUCGGAGCUCCGAAGCAACUCAAUUCGAAAUCCUAACACGGAAACCGUACGGCGACAACAACAACAACGACGACGACGGAGAACAUUCAUCCGGCACCGUAAACGAAGAAUUCGACGACGACGACGAUGCGACUGAUGAUCAGCGAGAGGAGGUUAGUGAUUUCGAGACUUCGCGUAUGGAAAUCGAGAGAAGUUGUGGUGAAGAAACCCUAGGUUCUGGUUUGGCAGAAGUGCCGGUGCAGUAUGAGGUGCGGCAUGAAGAAUUGCAGCAGUUGAAGAAUCAACUGCAGGGGAGUCACCAAGAAGCGUUAGCAGUCGUUAUAGCUCAGGCUGCACAAGCUCAUUCAGGGAAUAAUCAAUCUUUAACCUCCGAUUUCCCAACACCAAUUUCAACUAUCGCAAGAUUAAAUUCAAAAGUAGACACACCAUCAACAGAAUCAAACCAGAGGAUUAAUUCCGAUUCCAAAACCGUAUCUACUUCUCGAACUGUCAAGACACCUAUUGACGGGUACAACUGGAGAAAAUACGGUCAGAAACAAGUGAAAAGUCCUCCAGGCUCUAGAAGCUAUUUCAAGUGCACAUACAACGAAUGUGAUGCUAAAAAGAUUGAGUCAUGUGAUCAACACAAUUCAGUCACAAAAAUAGUUUAUAAAGGUCAACACAAACACGAGCCACCUAAGAAAGUAUAUAGCAGGAGGGGUAAGGUUGUAUCGGGUUCUUCUCGAGGGAAAGAACGUAAAUCGAUCUCUGAACCGCCAUCCAAACAAUAUAUAUCAAGUGGCUCUAUUAGUAACGGUCUGAUUUUAGUUGAAGAGAUGGAUGCACCACCGCCAAAACCGAGCAGAGUGAAGAAGAGCAGCUCAGUAAGUCCCGGUUCUGUUCUGAAACCUCCAAAAAAGCCGAAGUUUGUUAUACAUGCAGCUAGUGAUGUUGGAAUAUCAGCUGAUGGAUAUAGAUGGAGGAAAUAUGGACAAAAGAUGGUGAAGGGAAAUCCUCAUCCCAGGAACUACUAUAAAUGCACCUCAGCCGGAUGCCCGGUUAGGAAACACAUUGAAAUGGCGGUUGACGGUUCAUCAGAGGUAAUACUAACUUACAAAGGAAUCCAUGACCACGACAUACCCGCACCUACAAAAGUCCAAGCGCCGCCUACUGUUCUUCUUCUAAAUGCCGUCUCUUCACCUUCAAAGAACAACAAUUCACAAUCAAGCAAAGGUGAAACCGACCCAUCAAAUAGUGUACCCGAUAACUAGAUCAAAGCUUGAAGAAGAUUUUCAUAAGUCGAUUUUAGUUACCUACCGGUAUGUUCAAAACAUUGCCUUUUAGUUAAAUAAAUUUCCAGGUAGGUAGAUCUGGUGGGUUUGGUUUAAUUAAUGUAGAUUGUAAUUUUCGGAAAUUGUAGUUUUGAACUUUUAUGAGUAGACUCGAGUACUGAUCGGCCAUUGUGGUAUAGUGUACACUUAAUUUAAAAAAUGGUGUUAGCUGGUUACAACUGA